GUUACACCCUGUACCGGUACAUAUGUGAUUCUCGAUAAUGGUGGGAACUUUUUCCCAACAAUCUAAUUCAAGUAGAAGCUCCAGGUGCCGGUAAACAGAUUUAGCAACACAUUCAGUCCCGGGCGAUCGACCGCGCUAAACGAUCGCCAAACAUCUUGCCCGGUAGUUCUACGCGUUACCACAAUCGUUUAUCGUUCCUAUAUUUAAGGUCAAAAAUCGGCUUGGAAAGUUGCGUUUCCGGUUUGGAAAAGUUCAGUUCGGGGUAGGGCACGAUGAUCGACUUCGCCAAAAUGUGUGCCCGCAAGUGUUUCGGUGGUUUCCAGAAGGCAAUGACUAAUGCUCCACAAUCGUGUGGAUUCUCACGUGGCCGGUUGAAACGAUUGCUAAUCAGAAGGGUCCACAUUCUCAGCUGGAUCGGGUCGUAUGGCGGUGAUGAACUGGUAUCGGAUCUGAUAGCAGGAAUCACCCUCGGGCUGACCAUCAUUCCGCAGAGUUUGGCAUAUGCGGCCUUGGCCGGACUACCAUCACAUUAUGGGCUUUAUGCGGCGUUUAUGGGAUCCUUGGUCUAUAUCCUCUUCGGAACGGUCAAGGAAGUAUCGAUAGGACCCACCAGCCUGAUGUCUAUUCUUACUGUUCAGUACACCGCCGGCAAGCCUGUUCAGUACGUCAUCAUAUUGGCCUCAUUGGCCGGGCUAGUCGAACUACUGAUGGGCGUCUUAAAAUUGGGCUUCCUCGUAAGCUUCAUACCCAUUCCGGUUACAUCGGCUUUUACAUCAGCGACCUCGAUCAUCAUCAUCGGAACACAACUAAAGAAUCUUCUCGGAAUCUCUGUCACCGGCAAAGGCUUUUUCGACACGGUUUACGCCUUAUCGGGUAAACUAACCGAAACAAGCAUCGGAGAUUUGACGCUAGGCUGUGUGGGUUGUUUCUUCCUGCUGGGCAUGAAGCAAUUGACUCAGAUCCCUAUCAACGAAGGCACCAGAAUGGGGAAGUUUUGGAAAAAGUUCCUGUGGUAUUUGAGCCUCGCGAGGAAUGCGUUGAUUGUGGUCAUCUCAUCGUUUGUGGCCUUCAAAUGGAGCAGCUCGGGCGAGGAGGUUCCGUUCAAACUUUCCGGCCACGUGAAGCAGGGUAUUCCCAGUUUCGAACUUCCGGUUUACGGGGUGCAGUUGGGGAAUAGUACCAUUUCGUACGUGGAAGUUGUGAAGGAACUUGGAAGUAGUAUUAUCGUGAUUCCUCUGGUAGCAGUUCUAGCGAACGUAUCGAUAGCUAAGGCGUUUUCUGCCGGAAAGAUCGUUGAUGCAUCGCAAGAAAUGAUCGCUCUUGGGCUGUGCAACAUUCUUGGAUCGUGUUUCAGCUCGAUGCCAACUUGUGGAGCCUUCACUCGAUCAGCUGUCAGUCAUUCCAGUGGAGUGCGGACGCCACUGGCUGGCCUGUAUUCGGCCAUUAUAACACUUUUGGCGCUGAGUUUGUUGACGCCAUAUUUUUAUUAUAUACCAAAGACCACACUAGCAGCUGUGUUGAUUUGUUCCGUGGUAUUCAUGAUUGACUUCAAAAUCGUGGACACCCUGAGGCAGUCGUCCAAAAUCGAUACCAUCGCCUGGUUUGGAUGUUUCUGCUGCAGUCUGCUACUAGGCGUUGAAGUUGGACUCCUCUUCGGAGUCCUUAUUUGCGUGCUAGGACUCUUGAAGGUUUGGGCCCGACCCACCAUUCGUCAAAAUUGUGUAGAGCAAGCUGGCUUCCGUUACGUAAAACUUAGCCCGGAGGCGGGACUUUUCUUCCCGGCUGUAGAUUUUCUGCGCACCAAGGUCCUCAAGGUGGCCAUUGCCGAACAGGUCCCGAUCGUGGUGGACUGCUCCGCGGUCAUCGGGCUAGAUCACACCUCAACCAAAGGUCUUCGGGAGUUGGCCAAAGAGCUGGAAAAGGUCAAGCAGCGACUUAUUCUCCUCAAUCUUCAGCCAGGGCUGAAAAAACUGCUGAAAGGUGACGAUCCCAAAGGCCCUUUCAGCUUUUGGGAGGACGAAGGCGAUGGUUAUCAAUCCAACGUUCAAAGCAUAAGGUUGUGAACUAGAAUAUUUAAUUUAUUAAAAAUAAAAUAUGCAGAAAAUUGUUUUUCUCUGAGUGCACACCUGCAC